UUGUUUCGUAAUGCUGUCCCAACAAUUUAUACAGAGGAGGAUGUUACAAACAUUGAAGGACCUGCGCGUGAUGAUUUAGUGAUAGAACAACCAAAUACGGAGGAAGUUAAAAUGACCGAAAAUGGGCAUCAUGUUGAUAAUGUAGAAAGUUAUGGAACUACCAAUCACUUUUACUACUUGAGUUUUUCAAAAGAAGUUGUAUUGUGGCAGUUACGAAAACUAGUCACUACUGGGUACACCCAGAAGUCUCACCAAGAGAUUGAUACAGCAGCAAAAUCUGUUCGAGAAGAGGUUGAGAAUGGAGUGCGCUCUUCGUCAGAAAAAAAGGCAUCUUAUAUUAAAGGUGGCAAAUAUGGAACAAAUCCUUGA